UGAUCAGACGUGAGCUAUGCUAAACUUCACAAUGCGUCAAAGCGCAUUCAUAAUUCUGUGUCUGAUUUAAAACAGGAAACGUAGGCUCUGCCGACUGCGGUGUUGCGAAAUGAAUUCAAGUUCGGUUUGGUCACUUCGUCUUGACACAUGGCAAAUCGUCAUGUAGGGGUUAACUUCUCCACCUCAGCACAAAUUGGUCACAGGAAAAAACGAAAAAUGCACUUAAUUUAAAAAAAAAUGUUUACCUCGGGAGGAUCAAAGUCAACAUAACAAAGUUACUGUCAUAAAGGUCUCCCCUGCUGUAGGCUAACUGACAGGUGAACGCAACAAGAGAGUUCAGCAAAGGCGCACUGGAAAGCAGCAAUGAAAAGUCUAAACUCGACCAGAAGACUCAAAGAUCUCGGGAGAGAGCACCAGACUAUCGAUUUGAGGAUGCAUCGAAGCAAUUCGAGCCUUGAGAGUGAACGAUUGAGGCCAAGGAAAUAUCCCAUUGCCAUGGCUUCAGAUGCCAGUCACAUGUUGGAGACAGCGCUAGAGCAAAUGGAUGACAUUAUUGCCGGCUCCAGGGCGCUGGUCCCUCUGGGAGAGUUCAGCAGUGCUCUGGUGGAGCUGCCGGGUCCCGUGACGUAUUCUGCCCCUCUGCGAGUGCUGCAGCUGACCGAGGAGCUCCGGGAGGUUCUGGAGCUUCAGGACAGUCGAGAGGACGCAGACUCACUGCGGAGGCAGAUCCCCAGCGACACUGCCUACAUGUUGCUGCUGUGGCUGACCCAGGGCCUGGCGGUGAACCUGCAGUCAUUUGGGAACAAUGAGAGCUAUCAAGAACGCCUGGCUCGAUUAGAAGGGGACAAAGAGUCGCUCGUACUCCAGGUGAGUGUGUUGACUGACCAGGUGGAAGCACAGGGGGAGAAGAUUCGGGACCUGGAGUACUCCCUAGAGGAGCAUCAACACAAACUCAACAACACUGAGGAGAUGCUGCAGCAGGAGCUCCUGAGCAGGACCUCUCUGGAGACCCAGAAACUGGAUCUGAUGGAUGAGGUGUCUUACCUGAAACUGAAACUAGCCAGUAUGGAGAAGCAGAACCAUAAUGUGGAACGGCAACACAAAGCAGAGAGUGUAGUGAAUCUGAUUAGUGAGCUCCAGGAGCAGAUGUGUAGGAUCCAGCAGGAACUCAGCAGUAAAGUGAAAGAGAAAAAAGAGCCUGCGGAGCGGGAGGCCAGGGAGGGCCAUGGCGGUGGCCCAGCGGAGGCCCCUGCCUGUGGGGCGGAGGAGACGAGGAGUGCCAGCGUGGCUUCCAGCCCCGGAGCUUCAGACACAGAGCAGAGCUGCCACUGUGGAAAUGAGAGUGGCCUGCUGCACGAGCUGAGGCUUAUGAAGGACAAGGUGGAGGAGCUGGAGGAUGAGAAAGUCCAGUAUGAGAGGAAACUCAAAGCUACAAAGGUAGAAAUAUCCAACCUCCAGCAAAUCCUCCUUGCCAAGAACACCGAGAUUGAGAACCUGCAGGCUCAGCUCCUUGCCAGAUCUCCCGUGUCCAUGGACAGUGCAGAGAGAGAGGAGAUAUACAGAAGAAGACUUAACAACAAACAUCAGGAGUUGCAGAGGUUGAGAUCCGGAAUGGAGUCACUUCUUGCGGCAAACGAUGAAAAGGAUAGGCGAAUCGAGGAGCUUACCAUCCUGUUGAGCCAGUGCAGGCAGUUCAGAGACACCUCAGCAGCUGUACCAGUCUCCAGGGAACGAGCUCUGACAUGCUGUAGUGAGGAUGGCCGCAUGAACGGGGACGUGAGGAUGAGGGCACUCUCCUUGAAAACUCACUCUGAGUCCUCCAGUGGCUCCUCUCCUGUUCUCACGUCUCCUCUGUCCAAUCAAAGAGAAGCUGAAUCCAGGUCUCAACCAAGACUGAUAUCAUCUAGUAUGGAAGAUUUGCAGAGCGGGCUUGCAAAGCAAGUAACUGGACCAUCAGUAGAACCUGUAGUAUCAACAGAGGUUCGACUGGCAGACAACAAGAGCCAGACGUUGCCAGGGAAACUGGCUCUCAUGGAGCAAAACAGAGAGAGUGAGGGCAGUGACACCUCGGCUCAGAAGUCACCGGACGAGAGCGAGGAUGGAGACUUCAACCUAAACCUUUGCAGGAGUGCCAGUGCUCCUGCUUUAGGAAAACAAGACUUCUUUGGUAUUGGAAAGACUGAGAAAAUGGAGGACACUACAUCCUCAGAUGUCUCGCCCAUGUCGUCAGGGGCAGACUCUGGACAGCAGUCACCUGUAUCCCAGGAAAAUGUCAAGAACGCCAAAAGUAUACGGAAAAUAUGGGGAAAAAUCAGGAGGACCCAGUCGGGGGGCCUAAAUGGGGUUGACCUUGAGCCAUCGGAGUUCCGGAGAGGAGGACUGAGAGCCACAGCCGGCCCUCGCCUGGCCCGCACUCCUGACUCGGGCAGCUCAGUCCGUGACAAAAACACACCCUUCUCCAAGUGGACCAAAGAGCAAGUGUGUGGUUGGCUGGAGGACUACGGGCUUGGCCAUUAUGUGAACCUCACCAGGCAGUGGGUAGAGAGUGGACAGACCCUCCUCUCAGCUACACCGCAGGACAUGGAGAAGGAAAUGGGCAUUAAGCACCCACUGCACCGGAAGAAGCUACAGCUGGCCGUACGGUCCUUCAGCAACAAAACCAUGGAGAAGUCCUCCGAACUGGACCAUAUCUGGGUCACACGGUGGCUGGAUGACAUUGGCUUGCCGCAGUAUAAAGACCAGUUCCAUGAAGCUCGCGUGGAUGGCAGGAUGUUGCAGUACCUGACUGUGAACGACCUUCUGUUCCUGAAAGUCACCAGUCAGCUCCAUCAUCUCAGCAUCAAGUGUGCCAUCCACGUGCUCCACGUUAACAAGUUUGACCCCCACUGCCUGAGACGCAGGCCAGGCGACGAGAAUAAGACAUCUCCCUCAGAGGUGGUGCAGUGGUCUAACCACCGUGUGAUGGAGUGGCUUCGCUCGGUGGACCUGGCAGAGUAUGCACCCAAUCUGAGAGGCAGCGGAGUACACGGAGGCCUAAUCAUCUUGGAGCCGCGCUUUACCUCGGACACUUUGGCCAUGCUGCUCAACAUCCCCCCGCAGAAGACCCUCCUGAGGCGCCACCUAGCCACCAACUACUCGGCGCUGGUGGGUGCCCAGGCUCAGCAGGAGAAGAGGGAGUAUGCCAACGCCACGGGGCACACACCUCUCACCACAACAGCCAAAGUUAGGCCUAAGAAGCUGGGAUUCACACACUUCAGUCACUUACGGAAGAGGCGGCAGGACGACUCGGCGGAUUACAUCUGCCCCAUAGACACAGCCUCCCCGUCCGCCCUCAACGGCUCUCCGCACAGGCCCUACGCUGGCUUCAGGGGCCUCAGCCCCGUCCUCGACAGAGACUCGGACAGAAUGGAGCAGGAGUGCACUGAAGAGCUCAUUUCUGUCAGUUCUGUAGGUGAUAGGGAGGCACAGGUGAGUGACAGUGUACCACUACAUGGUGCCACCAUUGGAUAAAAUGUCCUUUUUGGCUUAUUUGGUAUGACAACAUAUAAAAUAUUAUCAAAUGCAGGAGAGAGGCUGUACAGAUCAAUGUUCAUUUCUGGUCUUUCAGUGUAGAGAAACAAGACUGUGAGCCAUAUGGGACCCUGGAGCAGGCAAUGGCUGAAUCAGACGGCACAUUCAGUGAUGUUACUGUUACAUUACUGUAACACUAACACAGCAAGAUAUCAACUAUUCAAGGCAUUUUAUAUGACUGUGCAAAUGUGAUUCCUUUUUGUACAACUUCACAUUAGAUCACUAUUAAACAAUUCUCUGAAAAGCAGUGGCAUAAUUCAGAAAGUCAAUAGGAUCCCAGCACACUGUAUCUUUGGCAUUUGUAUUGCUGUGCAUUGCUGCCCUCUGCUGUACAAUAAAAUAACAACAUGGAAGUGCUUACACUUCUCAUCAAGAACAUAAUGAACCCAUGCAUGUAAAGGAUACCGGAAUAAUAAUGAUUAUACACGUAAAACGCAUACAUACAUAGGACAUGACGGCACAGGACAAGCACAUCCCUCCAUUACAAUUUACUUUUUUUUUGUUCAUUAAACUAUCCAACCCUCAGUGCCAAUGA